CAUUUGUCUGUUGAAACUGAGACAUUAACACUGCAGCGUGAAAUCACUAUGGCGACAUCACUCAUGAUGUCACUUCCUCUGAUCUUCGUGAUCAUGACUGCGGGGGGUGAUGGUCUGCAGGAUUGGGGAGUGCAUUACAGCCCUUCAUAUGUUUGUGCAUUAAAGGGUUCAACAGUGAAAAUGUCCUGUACUUUAAAAUAUCCCAGUGAAUAUAAGAUUGAAACAGUCUUCUGGACCAAACCUGCUGUACCUGAUGGAGAUCCACUGAACCUUUGUUUAGAUCCAGAAAAGAGCGAAAGAGUUCAGUGUGAUGAAGAAAAUAAAGACACUUACAGUAUCACUCUGACAAAUGUAACAGAAGCUGAUAAACACAUCUACUACUGCAGAUUCACUACAAACAGAGGAACAUGGACGGGGAUUCCUGGAGCUCAGCUGGAUGUCACCGAUCUGCAGGUGGAGACACAGCAGAGUGUGAAAGAGGGAGAUUCAGUCACUCUGAAAUGUAAAAGCAUCUGCUCUCUGCCUCAACAAACAACAUUCAUCUGGUUCAGAAACACACAGAGAUUAACUACAGGAACCGUGAAAGAGAAUCAGCUUCAGCUGCAGUCAGUCAGUCGUCAAGAUGAAGGAAACUAUCAGUGUGCUGUUUCAGGAUAUGAGCAUCUGAUCUCUCCACCUGUUUAUCUGAGAGUAGGGGGUGAUGGUCUGCAGGAUUGGGGAGUGAAUUACAGCCUUUCAUAUGUUUGUGCAUUAAAGGGAACAACAGUGAAAAUGUCUUGUACUUUAAAAUAUCCUAGUGAUUAUAAGAUUGAAACAGUCUUCUGGACCAAACCUGCUGUACCUGAUGGAGAUCUACCAAAGCUGUGUUUAGUUCCAGAAAACAGAGGAAGAGUUCAGUGUGAUGAAGAAAAUAAAGACACGUACAGUAUCACUCUGACAGAUGUAACAGAAGCUGAUAAACACAUCUACUACUGCAGAUUCAUUACAUACACUGAGAGUGGAAAAUGGACGGGGAUUCCUGGAGCUCAGCUGGACGUCACCGAUCUGCAGGUGGAGACACAGCAGAGUGUGAAAGAGAGAGAUUCAGUCACUCUGAAAUGUAAAAGCAUCUGCUCUCUGCCUCAACAAACAACAUUCAUCUGGUUCAGAAACACACAGAGAUUAACUACAGGAACCGUGAGAGAGAAUCAGCUUCAGCUGCAGUCAGUCAGUCGUCAAGAUGAAGGAAACUAUCAGUGUGCUGUUUCAGGAUAUGAGCAUCUGAUCUCUCCACCUGUUUAUCUUAAUAUUGAAUGGACUCAGAGAGCUGCUCUUCAAACAGUUACCUGGACUGUGGCAGGAUUGAUCUUCAUCAUCAUCAUCAUCAUCAUCGUCAUCAUCAUUGUGUUCAGGAGAAGGAAGAGGCAGAGAGAAUGUGGAACUGAAGACGUGAAUCAAAAGCAGACGGCUGACUCGAGUGAUGAUACAUACACAGCUCUGGAUCCAGCGUCCAGAACAUCAGCUGACAUUUACAGCACGAUCCGAUCUGGUGACUCCAGACCUCCUGAUGAUACCUACACGGCUCUCCAUCUUCAGUCCAGAUCGUCUGAUUAUGAGAAUCUAGCAGUAACUUCAGCAGAUCCACAUUAAACUCUCCUCACAGAAUUACUGCUCAGAUGGAAAUACAGAAGCUCCUCAGAUACUUAUAAAUACCAUACCAUAAUUAUACUUGCCCGACACUCGCAAAUAUGAUUUUACAUUUUAAGCUGUGUAUUUGUGGUUUUUAAAGUAACAUUGCAACAAUGUAGUUUAGUUUCUCUUGGCUGGAGGAUUGAAGACGAAUUACGUUAUUUUCAAGCAGCAUUUUCUUGUUAAACUCUGGACAAUCUGUAACUGAUUUUAUUUAAGUAUCUAGCUGCUCUUAUAUAUCAGUGGAUUUUAUUAUACUGUAUUGUUAUUGAAGUAACGUACUAAAGUUUGACAUCCAGCAUAAACAUUUCUCUCUUAUCGUCUGUGUUUUUUAUCAUUGUUGAAACUAUUGUAUAUAUAAGGAAAGAAGUGGUGAAUAUUAAUACUGAGAAUGUA